AUGGCCCAUACCACUCAGUACAAGCCUACUGUUUCAAACAAAGCUGACCUGUCAAACCCCAUAGCCAUUGCCAAAUGGAAAGAGCUAGAGGAAAUCUUUCAUGUGUUUGAUACAGAUGGAUCAGGAACAAUAGAGCCAGCAGAAAUGCGAAUAUUAAUGUGGACUCUUGGGUUAGAAUCUGAAAUAGUAAAUUUAGACAGCAUGAUUGCAAAUCAACUGAGCGUGAGCAGAGAAAAGGCUGCAAAGGUCUCCUUGUCGCUCCAUCAGUUUAUAGAUCUCAUGACCCAACAGAUGAAACCACAAGAUACACCAGAGAAUUUCAUCAAUGCGUUUCGGUUGUUUGAUCCUGAAGGGAAAGGACAGAUAGGGGUCAAGGAAUUGCGACAAGCAUCUCGAGAUAUUAAUGAGCCAAUGACUGAUGAAGAUAUACUGUUGAUUGUGAAUAGGCUGGAUAAAGAUGGCGAUGGUGAAAUUGGAAUAGAAGAUUGGAUGGUGGCAAUGGCGAAUGGACACGGUUUACUUUCAAAAAGCUCGGAUGUGAAAUAG